GUUGCUGUUCCACUUGCCUUUGUGUGGGUGCUGGUGUGUGUGCAAAACAGAGCAAAAACAAUUGCGCGACAGGAAAUCCAAAUAUCAUUAAACAUUACGUGGAUCAGUUAAAUAAACGCCUUGCAGCCAACCACUAGUCAACAGCGGUGUCCUGCGUAUAUUGAUAGGGCCGAGGCAGAGGUGUUAGCGCUACAAAUAGGUACAAAUAAACGAUUCCCAGUCACGACCCCAGCCCCUCCCACAAAGAAACCAUGAUGAGCCUGCUCGGGCGCACCGAUGUGGAUGCGGGCGAAGUGUUCGUCAACUUCAACCAGAAUAUAACUUCCCUGGCCGUGGCCACCAGUGGAGGCUACAGCCUGUACAGCCUGGGCUCCGUGGACUCGACCCUGGACAAGAUCUACCACACGAAAAGCGAUGAACUGUUCCUCAUCGAGCGUCUGUUCGAGAGCUCCCUGGUGGCCAUAGUUUCCCAGCGAGCACCACGCAAGCUCAAGGUGUGCCACUUUAAGAAGCAGAGCGAGAUCUGCAACUACUCGUAUGCAAACACAAUACUGGCCGUAAAGCUCAAUCGCGAGCGAUUGAUUGUGUGCCUGGAGGAGUCAUUGUAUAUCCACAAUAUCCAGGACAUGAAGGUGGUGCACACCAUACGCGACACACCGUGCAAUCCGCAGGGUCUUUGCGCCCUCUCCUCGUCCUCGGAGCACUGCUAUUUGGCCUAUCCGGGCAGCGUGACUGCUGGCGAGGUACAGAUCUUUGAUGCCAUCAACUUGCACGCCAAGACCAUGAUUCCCGCCCACGACACACCCCUGGCGGCAUUGGCCUUUAGUCCCUCGGGCACGGAGAUAGCUACGGCCAGUGAGCGUGGCACGGUGAUCCGAGUCUUCAGCUCCCAGGAUGGCAGUCGACUCUUUGAACUGCGACGGGGACUAAAGCGCUGUGUGUCCAUCGUUUCGCUGUCGUUUAGCACGUGCGCCGAGUAUCUGGUGUCCAGCUCCAACACCGAGACGGUUCACAUCUUCCGGCUGGAUCGCAGUGCCACGGAAACGGCCGAAGGCCAUGGCAGCAAGCAGUCGAGCGACGACUGGAUGGGUUACUCGUUUUUUAGAUUCUUGAGCAAAACGGUCACCAGCUACCUGCCCACGCAGGUGACCGACGUGUUUAGCCAAGGCCGUGCCUUCGCCUCGGUCACUCUGCCGGAGGCGGGAGUGCGCAGGAUGUGCGCCAUUACCACGAUACAAAAGCAGCUAAGACUGCUGAUUGCCUCACAGGAUGGGUACUUGUACGUGUAUUCCAUUCCCACCGUCGAGGGUGCAGAGUGUCAGCUAAUAAAGAGGCACGACCUGCGGCUGGAGGACCACUAUGCCAUGGAUAUCAAAGUUGAUUCACCUCAAACUCUAGGCCUGAACAGUGGCGUGAGCAUUGGCGGAGCAGCUGGAGUUCCGCCGAGCAGUGCAGGUGCGGCCGGAGCAGGCACUGGUGGAAGUGGCGGUGAUGGCAAGUCGGCUGUUUCUGUUACCGGUGGUGUCGACAAACCAAGUAGCUCCUAUGCGUCGGCCGUGAAGGGUGACGAUCCCGUGGGACCCUCAUCCGCUUAGACAAGGGCAAUGAUCAAAAAUGAGAGAUGCAGCGAUGGUAAACGAAACUCACUCCUCAAAGUAAUAAGGACGAUGAUGCUAAAGUGAUUGCAAUGAUGCUUGGCGACUGGCGGCUGGCGACGGCGGCGGCGAUAAUGAUGAUGAUUUAACGACGGUGGCUCUGUGGCGUCAAGCGUAUUUAAGUAAAUAAAUAGGUCAUAGACUUAAUUUAGCUCUUAACGUUGUCAGCGAUGAUUCUUCCUCGUUUUGUACCAGCCAAUAUUCCUUUGUGCGGCCUCUCCCUACCCAAAACAUUUUUUUAGUUCUAAGCCCCCGUUCCUGGCGCUGCCAUUGGAAUGUGAAAUGCUUUUGUCAUACACUCCUAAGUUAGUUGUUAAUUAAUAAUUUAGACGGAUUUACAGAUUCGCUUUGAUAUUUGAGUUGCCAGCUUUUUAUACAAAAUAAACGGCCUUUGCAAAUUA